CCCGUUGUAUGCGCAACGUUACACAAGUAUCACGCGCAAACCUGGACACAACUUUUUCCGCCGACAGAACAUUACGAUCAGUGAGUGGUGAAACACGGCGGUUUAUAGAAUAAAUACGAUUUCGUUCCGUAUACAAUAGUAUAUAUUCCGGUGUCGUGUUUUUUUUAUUUUUUAUUUUUUUAGACCAACGUCUUACACACAAACCAUAGCCAGAAUGAAAACCGUAAUCUUGGGACUAUGCCUGUUCGGAGCUCUCUUCUGGAGCACUCAAUCUAUGCCUGUGGGUGAAGUUGCACCAGCAGUACCUGCAGUACCAUCCGAAGCAGCGCCUGAAAAGCACGUAGAAGCUAAACCAGAAACUAACGCAGCUUCGCCGGUGAGCGAUGCCAAGCCUGAAAGCGAUUCGAAACCUGUAGAUGCGGAAGUCAAACCAACUGUCAGCGAAGUUAAGGCUGAAAGCGAGCCAAAACCUUCGGGUGAACAAAAACCCGAAAGUGACGCAAAGCCUGUGGUGGCCAGCGAGACAAAACCGGAAAGCGACUCCAAACCCGCAGCUGUUGUUGAGUCUAAACCAGAAAAUGACGCGGUUGUACCAGUCGCAAAUGAUGAAGUUAAAUCAGAAAACGCCGCAGCCCCAGCGAGUGAAAGCAAACCAGCUACUGACCCCAAGGCCGAAACUGAAUCGAUUGCUGAAGCUAAGCCAGAAUCCAAACCCACCAGUGACUUGAAGGCUGAACCACAGGCAGCUAAGCCCAACAGCGAGGUGCCUGUAGCUCUACCACUCAACCCGACUGAAACACAAGACGCAAAAGCAACUCAACAAUCCAUCGAGACCAAUCAAGUUGAACAAGCAGCACCUGCGGCUGUACAAGCAGAUCCAGCUGCUGCUCCCGCUGCUGCUCCUGCUGCCACCCCAGUUGCUGCCGAAGAAGCCAAGCCCUCUGCAUCUGCUCCAUCAACUGAAAACAAAGCUGCUCAAGAACCGUCCAAGCCAGCUGAACAACAGCCUGCUAAGCCAGCGGAAGAUACUGUACCGGCUGCCAGUGAAAUUUCUGAGAUCAAGGUAUUGCCCGCAGCACCCGCAGCACCUGCAGUACCCGGAGUACCUGCAUCACCUACAGUACCUGCAGUCGCCGAUCCAGUAGCUGUACCUGAAGCUGAAAAGAACGCUGAACCCGCCAAAGAAGCAAAUUCCGCGGAACCAGCUGUUCAAUCCGAAUCUAAACCUGCUGAAGAUAUCCAAAAAUCAGGCGCUAUGGUAGCCGCAGAAAAYCCAAAGCCAGUUGAAGAACAGAAACCUGCCGAAGCCGCAAAACCUGACGAACAACCAAAAUCUGAAGCACCGAAACCGACAGAACAAAGCGCCGCGGAAGAACCAACAAAACCAGGAUCUACCAAUGACGAAAAGAAAGAACAACAUUCCGUAGACAAACGGGACUCCAACAAAGGGGACUCAAACAAAGGAAACGCCAACAAAGGAAGGAAGCCCACUGACCCUAAUGUAAAGAAAGUAGAACAAAAAAAAUCCCACUAGGUAAUCAAAAAUGACAAGACUGAAUAGCAAUAUAAACGAGCCAGCCACCAAAAGGACCAGAAUAACGUCCAGAACAAAUAAUCAACAAUGUUUGUCAUACACAUUUAAUACAAAAA